AAAUUCAGGAAUUUUGAUACAAGGUUAUGGUUGAUAGAAUGGAAAUGUUAUGAUAAUAAGUUUUUUGAAAAUAAUUAAGAGAAUGACGAAAAGCCAGCUGUCUUUCAGACUCCGACAAAAUGCUCCUAAGUCAACGCGUAAAGAAUCCCGAGAAAAGGGGCACAAGAAAACAGUUAAAGCUCAAGUCAGCAAAACAGAUACAAAUAACACUGGACUAAUUUUCCCAUCUGGUGAUACAGCUUUCAAGUUUCUCUUGGUGGCUAGAUUUUUUGCUGCAAUAUGGUCACACAUAUCUGACUGCGACGAGACUUUCAAUUACUGGGAACCCAUGCACUAUUUAAUAUUUGGGAAAGGAUUGCAAACAUGGGAAUACAGCCCCGAGUUUGGAUUGAGAUCAUAUUUUUAUUUGAUGCUCCAUGCUGCACCUGCAUGGUUUUACCAAAAGCUGUUACAGCCUAAUCCACUACUGAUGUUUUAUUUCAUCAGGUGCCUUCUUGGUUUGAUUUGCGCCUCUGCUGAGGUUUAUUUCUACAAAGCUGUUUGCCGAGAAUUUGGAGUACAUAUCGGAAGGAUUUGUUUAGCUUUUCAGUUGUUUUCGGCAGGAAUGUUCAUUUCAAGUACAGCUUAUUUGCCUUCUAGUUUUGCUAUGUAUGCAGCUGCAGCUGCAUGUGCGGCAUGGUGGCAACAGCAAUUUGAACUAUCAAUAUUUUUCACCGCGCUUGGUUCACUUUUGGGUUGGCCUUUCGCAGCUCUACUGGGAAUACCAAUUGCUUUUGAUAUACUAGUUAGAAAAAAAUUGAUAAUUGAUUUUGCUGCUUGGUCUGCAUUAUGUGCUCUUGUCAUUCUAAUACCGAUGGUAAUAAUUGAUUCCAUGAUAUUUGGACGUUUUAUCAUUGCCCCUCUUAAUAUUGUGAAGUACAAUGUUUUCGGAGGUGCUGGUCCCAGUUUAUAUGGAACAGAACCAUUCUCAUUUUACUUGUUGAAUGGAUUUGUGAACUUCAAUUUCAUUUGGGUCUUUGCCCUUUUGAGUCCCAUAGCAAUAACGAUGAAUCAUUUCUUUGUACCUGCCAAAAAUAAGUGCACCGUUUAUCUGCCUUACUGGCUAUCGCUGAGUCCUAUGUACCUGUGGUUGUUAGUUUUUAUGUUUCAAGAGCAUAAAGAAGAAAGAUUUCUAUUUCCCAUUUAUCCACUGAUUUGUCUCAGUGGGGCUAUAACUGUAGAUGUAAUACAGAAGCUUUGCUUUAGAAUUUGGAAUAUGGUGAAAAAAAUUCCGGUAGGCACCCAUUACUUGGAUAAGACAAUGUUUAUAGUGGUACUGACUAUUGCGAUAACGUCUGUGCUGGGGGUUUCGAGAGUGUUCUCCCUUCAUCAGAAUUAUCAUGCACCUCUAGACUUGAUGAUGGAACUGAACAGAUACCCAUCGGAAACGAAAAUACUAGAGAGGGCUCAAGUUAACGUCUGUUUUGGAAAAGACUGGCACAGAUAUCCAGGCUCUUUUUUUUUACCAAACACUAAUUGGAAUAUAAGAUUCAUUAAAUCUGAAUUCGAUGGUAUGUUACCAGCCCCCUAUUCGGAGGGACCCAAUGCCACAACGAUCAUUCACGAAUAUUUCAACGAUAAAAAUGAGGAAGUUCCUAGCCUCUAUUUUGAUCUCAGUAAAUGUCACUUUCUGUUAGACCUGGAUUUGGGAAGAGAAACAAAAUUAGAACCAAUAUAUGCAAAACAGAAAGAUAGGUGGAAGACUAUCAAAAGUUUUGAGUUUUUGAAUUCGGAAGCAUCAAAUCGGUAUUUUAGAUCGUUUUUCAUACCAUAUUUUACUAAUAAGUACGUUGUGUAUGGGAAUUUUAGUUUGUUGAAGUCAACCAAAGUUAAAAUUAAGUAGGUGAGUUGUGUCCGAGCUUACAAUGGUUGAGAUAUGACCAAUUUUCUAAAAUUUUUAUAGCUACCGUCUCUAUUACAUUCCCUGUAACAGUGAGAAUUGAUGCAUUGACUGAUAUUUCAGGUAUCAACGAUUUAUUUCAAAUGUAAAUACCUUUCCAGGGAGUUUCUAGUCAUAAUUAUUUUUUGUUGACUUAUUUAAUAUCCGACUAUGAUAUAAAACCGAUUGAUGAUGUGAAUUGACAUACUACUCAAGAUGUUUUCAAGGUUUGUCUCACAUGAAAUAUUGGUAUUCUUGUGCUUUGUUCCUGUCGACAAAUAAUAUAUCUGCUCAUAGAAAUCAUUAUUUUCUAACCUUACCUAGCUUUCCAAAUGGCUCUUUAUCUUUCAAAAUUAUUUACCAUUGCAUUUGGAUUAGAGAAACAAUAACAAAAAAUGGAAGUACUCAAGAAUCUGCCAAGGUGAAGAAAUCUGAUUUUAGCAAUAUCUUGUCAUCCUUAGACCAAACUUCCCGGCAAAUAGAAUAUUUCAGUGAGUUGAAAGUCGAAUCAGAAGAACACGAAAAGCCAAUCUAAAAAUAAAACACAUGACAUUGAAAUGGACAAAACUUUUGAAAAAACUCAAUAAUUACUAAGCAAAUUUUGAAGCUUCAGACAUGUAUGCAAGUCCAAAAAAUACCAAUAUUUUAUUUGGCAUAGUUCUGUCGAUAACUUAAACUUUUUCUAGCGUCCAACCUUGGAUAUUAUCAGGUUUAUAGCAGAUUGAUCUGAUCCAUUCUAUACACUUACCUGAGUAACUUUUCUCGAUUCUUUACAUUAGUUUACUAAAACACUGAUCUGUUAUUUGGUGAAAAUUAAUAA